UUCCCCAUCCCCUCCCCUCCCCUCCCGGCUCCUCCCCGCAGCGCAGCGGCGGCCGGGGCCGGGCCCGGAGCCGUGGCCGUGGCUGCGCAGCCGCUGGGGCCUGGCAGGACCCGGGCCCCGCCGCCUCCUCCUCCUUCGCCAUGGCGCUGGUCACCCUACAGCGCUCCCCCACCCCCAGCGCCGCUUCCUCGGCCAGCACCAGCGAGCUGGAGGCUGGCAGCGAUGAGGAGCGUAAAUUAAACGUGAGCCUGAGCGAGAGCUUUUUCAUGGUGAAAGGAGCAGCCCUUUUCUUGCAACAAGGAAACAGCUCCCAGGGCCAGCGAAGCCUCCAGCAUCCUCACAAGCAUGCAGGUGAUUUGCCCCAGCACCUCCAGGUGAUGAUCAACCUCCUUCGCUGUGAGGAUAGGAUCAAACUGGCUGUCCGUUUGGAAAGCGUGUGGACAGACAGGGUCCGGUACAUGGUGGUUGUGUACAGCAACGGGCGGCAGGACACAGAAGAGAACAUUUUGCUGGGCGUGGAUUUCUCCAGCAAGGAGAGUAAAAGCUGCACGAUAGGAAUGGUUCUUCGUCUGUGGAGCGAUACUAAAAUCCAUCUUGAUGGUGAUGGUGGCUUCAGCGUGAGCACUGCAGGGAGAAUGCACAUCUUCAAGCCAGUGUCGGUGCAAGCCAUGUGGUCUGCUCUACAGAUCCUCCAUAAAGCGUGCGAAGUUGCAAGAAGGUACAACUACUUCCCAGGUGGGAUGGCCUUGGUCUGGGCCACGUACUACGAAAGCUGCAUCAGCUCCGACCAGAGCUGCAUCAACGAGUGGAAUGCGAUGCAGGACCUGGAGUCCACCCGCCCCGACUCCCCAGCGCUGUUUGUUGACAAGCCAACUGAAAGGGAACGAACAGAACGGCUCAUUAAAGCCAAACUCCGGAGCAUCAUGAUGAGCAAAGACCUGGAAAAUGUGACUUCAAAGGAGAUACGAAACGAGCUGGAGAAACACAUGAACUGCAACUUGAAAGAAUUCAAGGAAUUUAUAGACAAUGAAAUGCUGCUUAUCCUGGGUCAGAUGGACAAGCCGUCUCUGAUUUUUGAUCAUUUGUAUCUGGGGUCGGAGUGGAACGCCUCUAACCUGGAGGAGCUGCAGGGCUCGGGCAUUGACUACAUUUUGAAUGUGACCAGGGAAAUAGACAACUUCUUUCCUGGGUUGUUCGCCUAUCACAACAUCCGGGUGUACGACGAGGAGACCACGGACCUCCUGGCUCACUGGAACGAGGCGUAUCACUUCAUCAACAAGGCCAAGAAGAAUCACUCCAAGUGCCUGGUGCACUGCAAAAUGGGCGUGAGCCGGUCGGCAUCCACUGUCAUAGCUUAUGCAAUGAAGGAAUUUGGCUGGUCACUGGAAAAGGCUUACAAUUACGUGAAGCAGAAACGCAGCAUUGCAAGACCAAACGCGGGCUUCAUGAGACAGCUUUUGGAAUACGAAGGCAUUUUAGAUGCAAGCAAGCAGCGCCACAAUAAGCUGUGGAAGCAGCAGGCGGAGAGCAACCUCCCUCAGAACACAGACGGCAGCACGGGCUCGGGCGACUUCUUACUCGAGAGCUUGGACGUCGACCUGGAAAACCGCCUGGCUGACCUGGACACCCCGUCGCAGUCGGUGUACCUGGACAACCGAACCGGCCCCGAAGUGCCUGUGGGGUAUAAUUAUUGCUUCCGCCGCCUCUCGGACACGCUGCUGGAGAACAAGGUGCCCGGGGACAGGGAGAGCUUCUUCCAUGUGGAGGAGCUGGAGCGGGACGCGCUCACGGAGCGUGCCACCUCGCUGGUGAGGCAGCCUCUGCCCGUGCUUUCGGAGGGGAGGCCGGAGGUGGCGAAGGGCCUGGAGGCAGCGGAGGCGCUGUCGGAGCUGAGCGGCUUCCAGGAGGCGAAGAAGAAACUGGACUUCAGCCCCCGGAAGGCACGGCUGGUGCUGGGCCCCGGGGAGCCCGGGGAGGAUGGUAUCAGGGAGGAAAACCCGAUGGAGAAGUGGAAGCGCCGUUUGUCCAUGCACAAGGAGGAGAGCAGGCUUAAUAGAGAGAACUUGAAUAACAACAACAGCAAAAGGAGUUGCCCAGAGGAUUUUGAGCACGAUGCCGUGUUUGGGAUCCUCAGCAAAGUCAAACCCCCCUACCAGUCGUGUGCUGACUGCAUGUACUCCUCGGCCAGUUUGUCUCCUGACUCCUUCGGGGAGCAGUGCGAGAAGCUGAACCCCGGCUCCGCCCGUCACAGCUCCACCAUCUGCACGCAGCCAGCCCUCCUCUCCCACAUCCCCUCCGGCUUGGCGGACCACCUGCCCAGCAAGGGGCGCGUGGAGGAGGGAAUGAGAACUAAAAAUAACGAGGCUUCGCUUCCUCUGUCAGCGGGAACUGGCACUUUGGAAGCUGGUGCUUGUAAAUCGGUGGCUGAGCAGCACUGCAGCCUUGCAGAGAAAGGAAAAGACGCACCAAAAACCCCGGUCAAAACCCUGCAGCCCAGGAGAAACUCACACUGUGACAAGAGCCUCCUUAGUGCAGAAGUGGUGAAAGAAGAGUCCCUAGCCAGAAAAGACAUCAAACCCACCAAGGAUCUGAAGUACUUGCUGUUCAGUAAAGACUUGGAAAAGCCGACUGCGAACAGCUACUUAAUGCAGCAUCAGGAGUCUCUCAUUCAGCUGCAGAAAGCGGGCUUGGUCAGAAAACACACCAAAGAACUGGAGCGGUUGAAAAGCCUGCCCUCGGAUGCCUCCUCCCUGCUCAGAGAGGGCUCCCUGAGCAGGGCCGAGCCCAGCAUCGUGGAGGAAAGCGAAGACCUGAUCUCACAGCACGGCCUCGUGCCCCUUCUGAGAGCAGCGCCGCUGAUACCCGAAGAUGCCGAAAGCGAGGCGAAAUUAGAGGUGAAGCGCUUGCUGGAGGGGAUCUCCCAGAAAACCUCCACGCCGGUCGUGUGCAGGUUGGAGCACACGAGCAGCUUCACCAAGGACUUCCUGAAGACCAUCUGCUACACCCCCUCGUCCUCGCGGAGCUCCAACCUGACGCGCAGCUCCAGCAGCGACAGCAUCCACAGCGUGCGGGGCAAACCCGGCCUGGUGAAGCAGCGAACUCAGGAGAUCGAGACCCGGCUGCGGCUGGCGGGUUUGACUGUGUCAUCUCCUCUGAAGAGAUCCAAUUCCCUCGCCAAGCUGGGCUGUCUGAACUUGUCCUCCGAGGAUUUGUCCAGCGACAUGGACGUGUCGACCAUAACGGACUCCAAAGAGGCCGUUUCCAGCGAGUCUUCCGUGCUCUGUGAGCCGCAGCCCGCUCCCAGGGGUGUGGACGCCAGCUCCAAGCUGGCAGCGAAGCCAGCGGUGGGCAACUUGAAGAAUACGCUUUGGAUGGGCAAAAGUUGAUGCCUUCUAUGGGGGGGAGGAAGAGGGAGGCUGGAUUUCUGGUUUCUGUUGUUUUUUAUGGCGUUUACUCGUUGCACCGAUGCAGUCCCAUCCUCUGACUUCAUCUGACGCCGCCUCUUCUUCCCCUCCGUGUACUCCUCAGCGGGGAGAGAAAGAAACGCGAUGGGUCACGAUGAAUGGCACAAGGGAAAAUAAAAUGUGUUGCAUGGCUUAGAAGAGGACUGUGUGUGAAUUGCCUGUUGUCCUGCAGGAUGCUGUUUCUAGUACUGUUUGCCAAGUAUAAUAAUGUGGUGUUGUGUGUGUCCAUAUAUAGAUAGAGCCGUGCAUCUCGCCAUCUAUCUAUAUAUAUAAAAUGCUGAAAUGCUCCGUUUCAAAGUCUCUACAAAAAUAAUUAGUCAUGACUUUUUUUUUUUUUACAGAACCAACACAAGUUUCUAGCUAAAACAAGCGCUUGUGGAAAAAUCCUUAAAAUGGUGACAUGAACACUACCUCUGUUCUCGCUGACUUUCAGUCUUGGUUUGUUUUUUCGUUUCUGUCAGAGGCUUUUCCCACAGCGCUUACCGUUGACCGAAGGUGUUCCCUUGCUGUUAACUGUAAAGUCCUGGAGGCGUUUGGCCGGGCUUUACUGCACUGAGUGCUCUCGUCACGUGAAGGAGUGUGAAGCUGUGUUCGUGUGACCAGGUGAAUUGUCGUUGUCUCAUGUUGGUGACGGAGCAGCACCCGGGCCGUGUUGCUGUCGGAGGCUGGUGCUCCCGUGGAGAGGUGUCUUGUCCUUUGGGUGUUGUUGCUGUCGUUGUGGUUUGUUCACGUCCUGGUGAUAAGGACGAGCCUGGCCAGCGAGUGACUGCAGACCCUCGUGGCGGUGGGGACCCUUGGUGCAGGCUGUCGGUGGCAUGGGGUGGCUCUCGUGGUGCCCUGAAAACCCCAGCAGGCAAUAGGUGAGCGUGCAUCUUCUGCUGUCCUUGGGGGCUGAGGAUCAGUUCCUGUGCCCUCGCUUUCCCUGCAGCCUGUGGCAGUGGGGAAAUUCCCGUAGGGCUGCCAGGGGGUGAAUCCUGCUCUCCCCUGGGGGUGCACGCAGGGUUUGGGGUCUGGCAGAGGGCAGUGGUACAGCAGGGUGCUGUGAGCAGCCAGAGCUGUGCAGGGUGGCUCACGAACACCGGGUUCCUCCCCGUGGCACUGCAGCCACCCCAUCGGGUGAGGCUGCCAAAAUUAUGGCUUCGCUCGGGUGGGAUUUGGCCACCGGAGAGCAAGUCCUGGUGCAGAGACCGUGCUGCCUCCUCCAUCACCCUGACCUGAGCACGAGCCUCGGGCUUCAGACCUUCACCACCAAGCAGAAAAAUGGGCUCACAGUGGAGAGAGUGGAGCAGCAAAGGCACGGGUGAAGGAAGAGCUUGGGAAGCACACAGGGGACGUCCCCACGUCCCCCCCAGACCCGUGACAGCCCCCGCUCCUUCAGGGCAUAGCUUGAAGCAGGCCUGGGGGGCAAAGCAGACCCUAAAACCCAGAACUUUUUUUUUCCCUCGAGUACAAGACCCCGCUCGUUUAUAUUAACAGUGUGAGGAGUUACGGGGACUGGGAAUCAGUAAAUGUGUCCCUCUUUAAGGACUCUUAAAUUUCAGUGGACGUUUUGGAAGCCACGCUGCCUCCUGUCCCGUGAAAGGUGCUUGGAAGCGAAGCUCAACGUGAGGGAACCCGGAGGAGAUGCGAGUCCUGGCCUUGUUUAGGGUGGGAAUCGGGGGCUCGUUUUGGACCCAAACCUUCCCCAGUGCUCCGUGGCUGCCCGAGGUGUCCUGGCCCCCAGGGGUUCACGGUCCCCGCGGUCGUAUCCCCGUUGCUGUCCGUGUCUGUGGCAGGUCCUGAUGCCUGUGGGUGGCAGAGGGACAGGCAGCGGGGACGCUGGGGCUCUGCCUGAUGCCCGCAGGCUCCGUGCAGCCCCCCCAGGGCCCGUUUUGGUGCCGUGCUCCCCCCGCAGCCCCCAGCACACCCUGGCAGCCCUGAGGCUUGCAGGGUCCUCUCGCAUUUCCCAGCCCUGCGGACACCUCCCUGCACUCCCCAUCGCUGCCCGGCCAGGGAAGAAGCUCAGAAAGACGCCCCGAGCUGAUGCAAGCGCCCACGUUCGUUUCCUUCCCGUUUUCUUGAGUGCCUGCCCAGCCCUGCUGUGCGCUGACCGCUGGAGCCCGGCGGUGCCACCGAUGCCACCGGGCAGGGACCUCCUUCAGGAGCCGUGCUCACGGCCAACGUGUGCUAGGAGCACUCGUGUGCCAUUUCGGGGGGGGGUUUGUAGCCAAACCUGACGCUUGCAGACUUCGUUAGAUUUGUUGCAUGAGAAGGUAGAUGUCUUUUUUUAUUUUAUUUUUUUUCCUCUUCCACGUAUCGUAAUUGUUCUUUUCCAAUGGAGUGCCUUAAGAAUAGUUUACAAAUACUGUGUAUUUAUGCUGAGCUGUUAAACUCCGCUGUUUUGCUGUUCAUAUUUUAUUAUUUUUUUGGUGCUUUUGGUGUAUCCGGUGGCAGUCUCAGACCGUUACCACUUCCUCACGACGACCUCCCAGCCCGCAGGGCUCGGCGCUGCUCCACGCUUCCCCUCGGCCCGGCGCAGGGUGCCCCCCGUUUAUCUAUGCAUUGUUUAAUUGGGGAGGGUCUGGGGGUGCUCAGCCAAUUCCCAGGCACGGCCCCUAACCCGGCCCCAUCCCAGAAAACCCCAAAUGCACCAAAC